GAAAAGCAUUCCCAUCAAUUGGUUAUCCAACAAAAUGUCAUCUAUUGGACUCCAGACAUACACACAGAACUUCACUGUUCAGAUUCCUCUACCCUAUUCAAAAGGACCAUCAGCCAUAAUGGGAACCAAUGUGUAUGGUGUUCUWAGAGCACCAAGGAUUGCGGGCACUGAGGCCAUAGUGUUCUCACUGCCUUAUAAGAAAGGAAAGAACCUGGGAGGCUUGGCAUUGAUGUUAUCUCUAGCUGAACACUUUAGAAGUCAGAGUUAUUGGUCCAAAGACAUCAUAUUCCUAGUAACAGAUCAAGGAAUUCUAGGGAUGCAUGCAUGGCUUGAAGCRUACCAUGAUGUACCCAAUCCUUAUAUUAAGUCUUUACCGUUAGAGGGUCAUUCAGGGUCCAUYCAGGCAGCCAUUAAUGUCGAGAUGAGUGCAAGCCAUGUGGACAGUUUUGAUAUUUUAGUAGAAGGAAUCAAUGGACAGCUGCCUAAUUUGGAUCUCAUCAACAUGGUGAAYAGACUUUGCWUGAAAGAAGGGAUUCCCUCAAAACUCCUUACCCAGGGUUUUUGAAGGAAUUGUUCGAAGCCUGAACAACCUAAUGGAGCGUUUUCACCAGUCMUUUUUCUUCUACCUCUUGCCUGCACCCUACCGAUAUGUCUCCAUUGGACUGUAUAUGCCACCGUUUUGCUGCUUGCUAUUGGGACCAAUGAUUUCUGCAGUUAUGCUUUGGGUAGUUACUGGUGAUCCUAGCGUCGUUCACAGAUCUAAAAACAUCGCUAAGGCAAAGAAAGAAAAAGAUGAAGACAAAACGGAUGAUAACAAAGAUGUGAAAAAGCCUGACAAAUCUUCAAACAAAGACACUGAUAAUGCCUACCAUGAAGAAAAGGCAGUUAGCGUAARGAAAUUUCAAGAUCCAAAGGAAUCCACUGGCAUACAUAACGCUAAAAACGGAGAAGGAGAAAAUAGCGAAGCUGAAAGACAAGAUACGGCACCGUCCAUCGACGAGUCGACUUUACGAGAAAAGGUUGCCUUUGCCUGGAAUCCUCAACAGGUCAGCGGAGUGUUYCCUAUUGUCAUGGUAACAUACUUGGGUGGUGCAUUGUUGUAUUACAGUCCGUAUCUUGGUUAUACACUAGGCGUUACUAUGGAGAUGAAUGGAUUAACUGUCUCCCUUGUUUGUACGUGUAUUGUUUUGUGUAUCAUGGCRAUGACCCCCCUCAUACACAGGAUUUUCUUGAAGACUGCAUCAAUGGCGAAUCUCUACCUUGUCAAGUGUGUUGCCUUAGUGCUCUUUUCGGUCACAAUGGCGUCGCUUGGUGCGAUGAAUUUCUCCUUGGCGUUCUUGACCAGUGUGAUAACUAUCCCCGCUUUUCUUAUAGCUGGCCCAACGCAAAAUAUAUUCCGUCGAUUUUCUCAAGUGUUUCUUCUGCUCGUCGCUUCUCCGCCGUCAAUCCUCUUCCUACUAUGUUUGGCGCACCUUGCUUUAUUACCUGAAUCUGACACACUUUCUGYUGAUAACUUCGAUUCCACAAUGCGAGAAACUUUGGAAAUGGCUUAUCACGCUGUAAUGUCGGCAUUAAGGGAUUCACAUGUGCUUGGUACAUGGUCGUUUAGCAUUGCUUGUGUUGGUUUAAUGCCAAACUGGRCCCUCUUCUGGUAUCUCGCUUGGCAGUAACUAUUAGGUAUUUGACUUUUAGGCACAACUAUGACURUGUAAUUACGUAAUACAGAAGCAACUUGACCACUGCACAGCAAAUGGCAUGCGGUAAAACUUUUACAACAUGUUUUUUUUCUGGGCCAACAUUGAAAGGAAAUAAGCUAAGAAUAAUGUUUACUAAGGGAAAUUUUCAAUUUUUAUCUGUUUCAUUUUUUGUUAUUUCGAAAUUAAUUACUUGAAUUGGGAAAGACUAGGAUAACWAACACAGGAUUUUGUGUAGACAUUGAAUUCAACACUUAAAAUAUUACACUUGAAAUCAGCGUUGGAUGGAGAAAGCAAGGGCUAUCCUGUUGAGCUUUUCGUCAGAGUCCAUUCAAAUCAUCAUUGUUUCCUAAGGGCUCGUUUAACUUCAAGUACURCUGCUCUAAUAUUCGCUUUAUUUCUUUUCACGAAAUAGCACAAAGGCUUUAUACUCCUGAUAGUAAUGUUCGAUUACCCCGUUAGAAGUGAAUACAGGCAAUAAUAUUGAAAUAGAACCCGGCUGGCCUUGAGAUCAUUUUCCACGCUAAAACUUUCAAAUAUAGUCUGCUUAAAAUGAAAAAUGUGACUACAGCAAGAUUGAUGUGCGUGGAGGAAGGAAGGCAAGGAAUACUUUCUAAGAACUUUUGCCAGGAAAAGAAAUUUCCUAAAUUAAAAAAAAAAUGACCAAAAAACGUUUGCCAGGAAUAAAUUUUUUUAGGUCCAAAAAGAAAAGUAUUGUAAUAAAGCCGUUCUUGAACAUAAAAACGAUUAAAUUUUUUUAAAGAAGGAAGGGCGUCACAUUUGCUUGUGAUAUUGUCAACAAUGUAGGUUAAAAUCUCUUCCUCAGGGGAAAAACAUGUAAAAAAAAGUGGUGUUUUACUGUCACUAGCUCCAUUGUAUUCAACACCGGAAACAAGAACCUAUACUAUGAAAUUAUAUGUUAAGAUCUA